UUGAUUAAUUACAUGCCUCCUCUUUAUGUUAUAUGAGUGGAAGGAAGUAAAUCAUAAAUAAGAAUUAAAUAUUUGUAAACAAAAAAAAUGAAAAUGGUUUCAUAUUAUAUAUGUACAAUGACACAUAUAUAAAUAUACGAUUCCUUUUCUUUAUAUGUUUGACCAUUACAUGCUUUCUCUAUCGACUCUUUCUUCUUUCUCUUUCAAACCAUAACCAAAAAAAGAUCCCUUUCUUCCUUCUCAAUCCAAUCUAACAAAAGAAGCUAGAAAUAUAAUUAAUUAAACGUACUUUUUCCUGAUCUACCACCUUCAUCACUCAUCAUAUGGAUUCAGGUGGCGGUGGUGAUCGGUUUCCGCAAUGGAGCGUACAAGAAACGAGGGAUUUCUUGAUGCUAAGAGCCGAGCUGGACCCGACGUUCAUGGAGACGAAACGUAAUAAGGUGUUAUGGGAAGUUAUUUCUUCAAAGAUGAAGGAGAGGGGGUAUAAUCGAAGUGGUGAGCAGUGUAAAUGCAAAUGGAAGAAUCUUGUUACACGUUAUAAGGGAUUUGAGACCAUGGAACAAGAAGGUAUGAGGCAACAAUUCCCAUUUUAUAACGAGUUGCAGGCGAUCUUCACUGGCCGAAUGCAAAGGAUGCUAUGGUUGGAAGCAGAAGGCGGGUCGUCAAAGAAGAGACUCUUAUCUUCUGAUGAUGAGGAUGAGGAGAGUGAUGUGGACAAGGCAAGUAAGAAGAAAAAGAAGAUUAGUAACAAAGAUAGUAGUACAUUAGCGGUUAAUUUGAAAGAAAUAUUGGAUGACUUGAUGAAACAACAUAUGCAAAUAGAAAUGCAAUGGAUGAAAUUAUACGAGUCAAAGGAAGAGGAAAGGAGGAGAAGGGACAUGGAGUGGAGGCAAAAAAUGGAAGCGUUGGAGAAUGAGAAGAUUAUGUUCGAUAGGAGAUGGCGAGAGAGGGAAGAAGAAAGAAGGAUUAGAGAAGAAACAAGAUCCGAGAAACGAGAUGCUCUUAUAACUAUUCUUUUAGACAAGCUUAGACCACAAGACUAAGAGCACGUUUCUAAGCCCGCACCCAAGAGAGAGGGACUUGCAAAUGCGAUGAGAAGAGAGAUUUACAUGCCGAUGGAUGGGAGGAAGAGAA